UCCUUAAAUGAUUUGCGAACGCCUAUUGGUCGGAGUCAUGAAUGACGUGCUGGAUUAGCCAAUGAGCACGCACUCUGGUGUUAAGCACCAGCCCUCGGCUAAGCAGGCGAGUCCAUUGAGAAAAUUUUCAGUCUGGCAGAGCUUACUGAGCGCGCAGCAAAGCGUGCACUGGAGGGUCGCGUGUUUUUCUCAGGAGUUAAUAAAUUGCUGUUUUGUUUUUUUUUAAUAAACAUUUAAAAGGAUUAAAGCAUAGAAGGGACCUGAGAAGUUUGGAGAUCUCACCCGUGAGAGAGAGAGAGAAGACACAUCUCCCUCCUUCAUUCUCUCAUUUGAUUUGUCUACCCGCACUGUUGAUCCCACACCAUGGACAGUUUUUAUGAUCAGCAGGUCCCUUUUGUGGUGCCACACAGUAAAUGCCAUGCCAAGGAGCUACCAUGCAAGCCACUGAGUGACAGGAAGAGGAAGUUCAUGGACAGCGAGCUUGCUCAGGACACUGAAGAGCUGUUUCAGGACCUGAGUCGGCUGCAAGAAAUAUGGAUAGCUGAAGCUCAAGUACCUGAUGAUGAACAGUUUGUUCCAGAUUUCCAGGACAACUUGAUGUUCCAUGGCCCACCUCAAACCAAAGUGAAGAGGGAAGUCAGUCCGAGCAGAAACUUCUCCCCCUGUGGACAAGAGCAGAGACUCUCGCCAUAUGGAGAGAAGUGCCUUUACAAUUACAGUGCCUAUGACAGGAAGCCAUUUGGAUUCAGUAAACCCCUGACAUCGCCCCCUACCCCUGUAUCGCCUUGCAGCUCCACCCACAGCCCAGGGACAUAUCCCUUGCAGAAAAGAGUCACACCUCCAGUCCAUACUCAGACACAGGGGCUAGCAGCUGUGACUAGCCACACUCAUCAGAGAAUACAGAACACAGUUCACAGCCAAAGUCCACCUUUUGCAGUGCCCCGUCCACCUGUCAGUCACCCAGAUGCCUCCUACUGUACAGAUCACAGAUUCCAUAGGCAGCUCUCAGAGCCAUGCCUGCCCUUCACACAGCCCGAUGCCCGCUCUGGGACUCCAUACCCACCACAGAGCACCAACCACUUUCCACGGGACAAUCGGCCACAAUAUCACCGCCAAAUGUCUGAGCCAGUGAUCCCGCUUCCUCCACAGGGGUUUAAGCAAGAGAUGGUGGACCCCCGGUACCCUGAACAGGGUGCUUCUAAUGUUGCAGCCAAUCGUGUCCCAUCGUUCCAUCAGAUGUCCAUCAAACAGGAGCCCAGAGAAUUUGGCAUUGACUCUGAGAUACAGAACUGCCAGUCAUCCUUUGGGAAGUCAUCAAACUUCUAUCAGGCCAACAGUGAAGGGUUCAUGUAUGACGGAGAGCCUCACCUCUAUUAUGAAGACGCGUGUGUGGUGCCUGAGCAGCUCGAAGUAAAGUGCAAACAGGAAGGAGUGGGCUUCAGGGAGGGGCCUCCGUACCAGAGGCGGGGCUCCCUGCAACUCUGGCAAUUUCUGGUCACGCUACUAGAUGAUCCGUCCAACAGCCACUUUAUUGCGUGGACUGGCCGCGGGCUUGAGUUUAAACUCGUUGAGCCUGAAGAGGUGGCCAGGCGAUGGGGAAUCCAGAAGAACAGGCCUGCCAUGAACUAUGACAAGCUGAGCCGAUCUCUCCGCUACUACUACGAGAAGGGCAUCAUGCAGAAGGUAAAGGUCGCAGGAGAGCGGUACGUGUACAAGUUUGUAUGUGACCCAGAAGCUCUCUUCUCCAUGGCCUUCCCCGAUAACCAGAGGCCAAGCCUAAAAGCCGACCCUGAUGGGAUGCAGGUCCCUGAGGAUGACACCGUUCCUCUCUCCCACUACGAUGAAGCCAGCAGCGCCUCUUAUGUAGAUGGCAGGGAUCAGUGCUUGGCAGGGCUGUCUUUCCCUGAUGGUUAUGCUUUCUGAACUGCUUUCAUCUCAGUUUGGACUCCCGAAUCCCCUCCGUCCACUGAGCAGGACCAAACCAAAUCCACAUCCACACGCAUGCUGAUUUCCUCUUGACACAUGAAGCUGAAUUACUGGCGUGUAUAAAUAGAUCACACACAGGCUUGUACCUUUUUAAAAAACAUUUUCUUUUUAUACAUAAUUUUCGGUCCUUCCGUACUCGUCAUCUCGUCAUUUGAACUGUUUUCACCAAGCACACAAAUUCUCUACUGUAAUGCACAUGUCAUUUUGUCUUGCAGGCUUUUUUUUAAUCAGUCAACACUAAAAUGGGCUCUGCCGUAUUUUUAAUCCAGUUUCAGGUUUUCUAUGUAUAAAUCUCUAAGUGAAUAUUCUAAGAUGGCUUUUGUGCACUGUUUCUUGUGUAGAACCUGCUGUGUAUUUUUCAGCUCUGUGCUUAAGUGAGAUUUCUAAAAUUCUAUGGCAUCUUUAAUGCUAUCAAAUGCUGAAUUUAUUAAAGUAUGUAACUUGUUUUGAUGAAAGGCUUGCAUAUUAUUCCUGCCAAGCAAGUGCACAUGCUUUAUUACUGGCCUAAAAAAGUGCAAGGUUUCUGCUUUUGUAGAAAUAUUGAAAGAGUCAAAUCUAUGUAUAAUUAUAUAAGUAUAUUUUUGCAAAGCCUGCAUUUGUUUUCAUUGUUGUACAAGCUAUAUACCAGACUUUUCUCACUCUAAUAUCUGUUAAAUUUACAUAGUGGAAACUUGGGCUAUGUCUAGACAGGCAAUCAAAGGUUUUCUCUCUUUUUUUAAAAAAACUUAAUAUCUGGGGAAUUUGAAUUCCUGCAUUUAAAAAUAAAAAAUAAAUAAAAAUUUUUAAAAAAAAGCUUGUCCAAAUGGACAAAUGUGGAUUUAAAAGAAAUGUAUCUGACAAUCUAAUAAUUUAAGCUUUGCAGUAGCUGUCUAAAGGUAGCCCAGUGUUGGGUUUUGUGCUAAAGCUCAUGUUACAGAACUCUUCCAGUAACUGCUGGACCGUAGAACCUUGUACUUGUAAUUGUAUAACUUACCAGUGGCUCUUAUUCAGCAGUAAGUGGGACAUCAGCUCUGUAACAUGGGAUUUAUGGGUAACCUUUACAUCCACUAUUAAGCUUUAUAAUCUGUACUGGGUACAAUAAACACUUUUCUGCUUCACCUAAA